ACAGCCGAACUCCCGUCCACCCACUGAGAGCGCCUCUCGCGCUCAGCGAAUACAGGGAUUAUUAUUUGUUCGCGCGUCCUUUCAUACUGUUGCAAAACAGAUUAAACUGUUUGUCUCCCAACACCGACGUCUCACCUGCAGUUUAUCAUGGCCACACGCAUACGACCUAGCAGUAAGCGGUGUGCAGUGAUAGGAGGCUCUGGGUUCCUGGGUAGACACCUGGUAGAGAAGCUGUUGGAUAAGGGCUACACCGUGUCGGUGUUUGACAUCAGACAGAGCUAUGAACUACCUGGAGUCACCUUCCAUCUGGGAGACCUCUGUGAUAAACAGGCUCUCCUAACAGCCCUCCAAGAUGUCUCCCUAGUGUUCCACUGUGCUUCUCCAGCCCCAGCCAGUGACGACAAGGCUCUGUUCCAGAGAGUCAACAUCCAGGGGACACAGACUGUCCUACAGGCCUGCACUGAGGCUGGAGUACAGAAAGUGGUACUGACCAGCAGUGCCAGUGUGGUGUUUGAAGGAACAGACAUCAAGGAUGGGAGAGAAGACAUUCCCUGCGCCAAGAAGCCCAUCGACUACUACACAGAGACCAAGAUAGAACAGGAGAAGCUGGUUCUGAAGGCCUGUGACAAGGAGAAGGGUCUCCUGACAGUGGCCAUCCGACCUCACGGUAUCUUCGGCCCCCGGGACCCCCAGCUGGUGCCCAUCCUGGUCUACACGGCACGCAGGGGCAAGAUGAAGUUCAUCAUCGGUGAUGGUUCUAACCUGGUGGAUUUCACUUUUGUGGACAAUGUGGUUCAUGGACACAUCCUGGCAGCUGAGAGUCUGAGGCCAGAGUCUCCUAUCUGUGGCAAGGCGUACCACAUCACUAAUGACGAGCCUGUCCGGUUCUGGGACUUCAUGUCAGAUAUUCUAGUUGGUCUGGGCUACGCUGCUCCACGCUACCACCUUCCCUACACGCUAGUCUACGGGCUGGCUCUGCUGCUGUGGCUGCUGUCUCUGUUACUACGCCCCCUAGUGGCCUUCAAACCCACCUUCACCCCCAUGAGGGUGGCCCUGGCAGGUACACAUCACUUCUACAGCUGCUCCAGAGCCAAGCAGGACAUGGGGUACAAGCCUGUGGUCAGUCUAAAGGAUGGGAUCAGACUCACGGUGGAGAGCUAUCCUCAUCUACGACAUGGAGCCUGAUGGCUAUGUCUGCAAUAUGGUAGCCUGGAAACCAAACUGAUAUGCUCUGUGAAACAAUGGUGAAAUGGAUCGUAUCAGUUUGGAUUCCAGGCUAGUGGUAUGGAUCCUCACGGCUGAGUCCUGACUUGAGAUCUAUGCACACAACUUGUUCAUUUUAGUAAAAUCAUCCACUGAUGUCAAUGGGAGGAAAACAUGAAGCUGGGAGUUGUGUGUACAGUCCUCAAGUUAAGAUUCAACCCCGAGGACGGUUUCAUACUCUCACUCUCACCAAGGUGUGAUUUUCAAACUCACAUAUUUUUCUGUCCCAUAAUACUAACGGGAGGUAUGAUGCGUUGACAUGAGUUCUUUCUGUCAUGUCUGUAGGCCUAUAUGAGGAUCUGUGAACUCUCACCUUUCCUUCAACAGUCACUCUUUCAUUAGUGCCUGGUUUCAGUACCUCUCCUCACCAAUAGAGAGCAGCACACAUUUCUUCUCUGUGGAAUGUGGAUACACAAUCUAACAUGGAGAUGUUUCCAGCACUUCCUCUUGCCAUUGUUCAUGAGCACUCAUUUGGAUGUAUGAGUGAUACAUUUACUGUAGCUAUCUUUUUUCUCUUCUCUUAUACAAAUCACAAGCAAUCAUGCAGUUUGUUCAUUUCAAAUAAAAUCCAUUAUCUAAA